CCGUCGCGGAGGCUGAGCCGGCCCUCCCAUUAGCGUUCUGCAGCUUCUCCUUAUUCCCACCGUCUUCAGAGUUUCUAGGCCUCCUGGAGCCUACCCCGUCCCAGAGAAAUGGCUCAGGAGACAAAUCAGACCCCAGGGCCCAUGCUGUGUAGCACAGGAUGUGGCUUUUAUGGAAAUCCUAGGACAAAUGGCAUGUGUUCAGUUUGUUACAAAGAACAUCUUCAGCGGCAACAGAAUAGUGGCAGAAUGAGCCCAAUGGGAUCAGCUAAUGGUUCCAACAGCCCUACCUCAGAUUCUGCAUCAGUUCAAAGAGCAGAAACUAGUUUAAAUAACUGUGAAGGUGCUGCUGGCAGCACAUCUGAAAAAUCAAGAAAUGUGCCUGUGGCCGCUUUGCCUGUAACACAGCAAAUGACAGAAAUGAGCAUUUCAAGAGAGGACAAAAUAACCACACCGAAAACAGAGGCAUCAGAGCCAGUUGUCACCCAGCCAAGUCCAUCGGUUUCUCAGCCUAAUACUUCUCAAAGUGAAGAAAAAGCUCCAGAAUUGCCUAAACCAAAGAAGAACAGAUGUUUUAUGUGCAGGAAGAAAGUUGGCCUUACAGGGUUUGACUGCCGGUGUGGAAAUUUGUUUUGUGGACUUCAUCGUUAUUCUGACAAGCACAACUGCCCCUAUGAUUAUAAAGCAGAAGCUGCAGCAAAAAUCAGGAAAGAGAAUCCAGUUGUUGUGGCUGAAAAAAUCCAGAGAAUAUAAACUAAAUUACUACUUGUGAAGAGACUGAAUUUUGUUUUUGUUUUUAUUUUAAUAAUAUCGUAGGAAAACAUUAAAGAGCAGAUGCAUGGCAUUUUCCUUUGAUGUUCUCCAGAGUUUUACUUUAAACUUGUCUGUCUCAUAAUUGAUAUUUUAGGAUGUUUGGGUGUUUGUUACAGGCAGAAUUGGAUAGAUACAGCCCUAUAAAUGUAUAUGCCCUCCCUCUGAAUAAAAUUGGAUGAUAUCCUGCACCAUAAUUGAAAUGCACAGAUAUUGGAAACAAGAUUAUUUAGUUCACAUGUGCCAAACAAAUAUGUAAAACCUGCAUGUUUGCAGCAUUAUCUGCCUUUUGGGAAUGUAAUCAAGGUAUACUAUCUUUGGCUAGUGUUAUGUGCCUGUAUAAAAAAAAAUGGUACACCAGAAAAAGGCUGGCAGUCUACUUUUUCCAUAGUUAAACUUUGCCCUGUUAAUUUCCACAACUCAUUCUUUUGAAGCAGAAGUAAGUUAUAUGUAAAGUAUAAGAUCGUUCAGUGAAAUGAAUAUUUUUGGUGCCAUAUAUAAGCCAUGUUCAACUAAUUGCUGUGAAAGACAUUCUAACUUGAAGGGUAAAAACAUUGAAACAAGUUAUAAUCCAUCAAACUGAAACAGUGUGCUGGUCUGCACCAGAAGAUUUGUCUGCUUUAUUCUUGUGUAGCUAAAAAUGUUGUGUAGCACAAUACUGUAGUAGGGUUUUUUGUUUGUUUACAAGAAGAAAUAAACGCUACAUGGUUUUACAUACUAGCAGCUUUAAUCAAA